AUGCAUGUAAAUAUAAUUCUAUUGUUUAAGGCAAAACUUUUAAGCCAAAGGCUUGGCUAUUCCAUUCUUGAUUGUGAUACUAAAUGAUAAAGUCAACUUUGAAAGAAUGGGUUGGUUUUCGUUUUCAAUAUUGCUUGCGUCUUUAGAACUAGUAAUAUCUUUCGCUGCUUUAAUCGCAAAAAAAGUCACAGACAGCCAAGGUGAGCAAGUUUUUAAAAGAAACCAAAAAUUAUCAACUGAAUGGAGCUUACUUAAUAACUUAAAUUGGUCUCAGGCUGGAAACGACUUCAGCAUUAUAGUUUAUGGUGGAUACACUUUUAUAGCUGGGGUUUUUUUAUUGUCAAGAAUGAAAGCAAAUAAAUUUGAAAUGUGUGAGAAAACAUUGCUGUACUGCGGAACAAUAUUCUUCGUCAUUCAAGCUUGUUUAGUGUUUGGAACUUUGGAGUACAUACCAAAUGAUAUUCAAAUAAAUGCGCUAGUUCUCGGAACAUUAUCAGUUAUAGGAUCAUUAUUAUUCUUUAUUGACAUUUGCUACAACUCUUCUUUAAAUUAUGUUGUAUCAAGGUCGGUACAAACUGAGACAUAUUGCGCGCUUUCAAAUCAGUUGUCAAGUAUCCAACAAAAGUCACCAUCCUCUUCCCGGGUCUUACGUCGAGAAAGUGUUCAAAAAUACUCUUCCGGAAACGGAUUAUAUAUUAAACCACUAUCAAUAAAUUUAAAAAAAUGUCAAACGGAAAAUGGCAUGCAAAAUAAAAAUUUAAAACGUGUUUUGCAAACUGAUGUAUGAACAUUUUAAAAUUUAGUUUUUAUUUUCAUGAAAUGUUAUGAAGUCCUGCUAUUUUCACAGCGUAUUGCAAAGUUCAAUAAUGCCAAUAAUUUAUUAACUAAUUGUUACUGAUUGUAAUCACAUAUAUUGUAUAUAUAUUUAAAAAAUAUCUUAAUAAUUAUUAAAUUUAUACCACAGUAAUAUUGAGAAUAUAAAACACAUUUACAUUUUUUUUGUGAUAAAUAUCAUAUAUGAAAUGAGAUUGUUUAGAAAAUUUUACGUGCCAAAAGUAUUUUCCCGGGUGAUAGAGAGUCUGUCUGUUUGGGAAUUUUGCCAAAAUCAAAGAUUUCUGUAAUUUUGAAAGGCACUCUCAUCAAGCAUUUGUUCUCAUUUUAUUCAGUCGCCGUCGAUCGUUUCAAAAGCGCGAUCUUUCCUUAGCUCUUAUUUUCGGCUGGGCUAAACAUUGUUUCGCAAUAAGAAAAAUUAAAAAUUUUAAUUAUUGACGC